AUGGUCGCUCCGGGUAUCUACAGAUCUGGUUAUCCAAACAAGAAGAAUUACCCCUUCUUGAAAAAGUUGAAACUAAGAUCUAUCAUGUACCUUUGUCCUGAAGAUUACUCGCCAGAGAAUACAGACUUUCUCAAUAUGAAUGGAAUACAGCUCUUCCACGUCAAGAUUGAGCCCUUCUUGGAGAUUGACCAAAAUGAUAUUGCGCAAGCCCUCGUUUACAUUCUAGACGUUAGGAAUCACCCUAUAUUGGUGCAUUGCAACAAGGGCAAGCACCGAAUCGGCUGUCUGGUCGGAUGCUUGCGCAAGUUGCAAAAUUGGUCCAUGACGUCUAUAUUUGACGAAUAUAGACGAUUUGCUGGAACAAAAGGCCGUAUCGCCGAUCAAGAGUUCAUUGAAGUCUUUGAUGAAAAAGUCCCAUUCGACUUGAAAAAUGCACCAAAGUGGCUUGUUUGA